CACCAUAUUAUAAUUCUGAAGGAAUCAAUACUUUAAGCGGUAUUACUCUAUUUUCUGCAGCAACAUUAGGUCUUCAUUUUAAUCACGCAAGGAUUGUGCCAUACAAAUCUUUCAUGUGGAACCUCCUUGAAUAUUUAUUAGAGACAGUCUCCAGAACAUCCAAUUUCAGAAGCUAUUCGCUUUUAGGAUCAUUGAAAAUAGUCUGGAACGAAGUGCUUAAGCGUAUUAGGUGGCAUUGGGAAAGAAACGAACCUAUACCCGAUAUUAACAUAUAUAACUGGUCUGAUAAUUCAAAUUCAUCACUUUUUAAUUGUGAUAAAGAUGCUUCAACUAUCAAAAAUAAAAAUGGUUUAUCAUUAAAUAAAAAUGACAAUACCGCUGUUGGAAUUGAUAUGCGGUUCAACCUUGUUCAUCAAAAACUGUGCAUGAUUAAUUGUUGUAUCGAACGUCUACGGAAAUCUAAAAAAAAUACUUCAACAUUAUCUACAAGUUUUAAUUCAUCUAAAGAACAAUUGCCCGAAAGUAACUCUUUUGAGUCUAUAAAGCCAGAUAAAUCUUCUGACUUGGAUCCAAAAAUGACAAGCUCAGAUAAUUUUCUGGUUCGACUCUUUGAUCGUAUUACGGAGGAUGAUGAUAAUAUAGAUCCUUCGGCGUCAUUGGUAUUUGUGAGACCAGAGAAUUCAAAUGGUGCUACUCACGCUGAUAUAAGCACGACUACUGCCACUAAUGGAGAAAAAUAUUCGAAUCAUGUUCAUUCUCGCAGCAUAGAUUUUGUAUCAUUGCCUCCAGAUUAUGAUGGUUCUUCAGAAGACGAUUUCGUUGAUCCGAUAAAUGAGGUUCCAGCUGUUCCUCUACGAAUUCCUAAAAGUUCGAAAAAUCAUAAAUUUAGUUCACGACGGUCAUCAUCAAUUUCCCAGGGUCAAUCCUAUUCAUCCACGCCACCGUCUUUUUCUGAUCAAUCAGAUCCAAACCAAAUUUCGUCAUUGACAGAAUCUUACGUAAAACUUGAUUACUCAGCCAGUAUGGAGUCGAAUAGAGGAUUUGAUAAGGAAAAACUUACAGUAAACGAGGAUGAAGUUUAUAGGGAG